GAAAGGAAUUUCCUUGACAGUGAGACCCUUCAGAGUACCAUCGGGGAUAUAGUGAAGAGAACUCUAGAGGAAACCACUAAAUACCAGGACAAGUACAUGGAGUGUGAAGUAACUGAGUCAACUGAUGACAAACUGGUGAUUGAAAUUAAGCCAAGCACGGGGGUAGGAGACAGCAAACUGGCAAACACUGCUGAUGUUAUCAAUGGUGGACAAAACCAGCAUCAUGAGAGCGGUGCGUACGAGUCUGCAGAAGCUGUGGCCCGACAGAUGAAUGCCUUGAACCUUCAAAAUGUUGACGAUGUCGGAGAGUGGGAGUCGGAAAGCAGCAGUGCCAGCAGUCCUGUAGACAAAGAAGACCCAAAUGCUCCGAAGAGUGCAUUUAAGUCUCAGACCCGGAAAAUUACAAAAUCUGUGAGUUUUAACGAGACUGUGAUGGUGGAAAAUUUCAAGGAGAGAUCGAAAAUGACACAAAAGAAAAAACCAGGCAAAGUGGAGUCAUCUUUUAGGACAAAAGAACGUUUGAAAGAAAGCUCAGAGGAGGAAUCUGAAUCUCCUAGAAGUCCUACCAGUCCAUUGAAUUUCACUGACAUCCCAAAUGUGAAGGAGAAAAAUCGACCAGGCUCUCCAAAGAAAGGAAAAAAUAAAUCAAAAUCAAAAAACAGAGAAAAUGCUAAGAACAAAAAAUCAGAGGACUUUGCAAAGAAAACGAUGGACAGUGCUGGUGGUGAUGAAAAGACUGAAGUUACUGAUAGUCGUACAUCCAGGAAAAAUGACGCAAGUGUGGAUAUGAAGCACAAAUCCAAUGGGAAAUCAGGAAUGGCAUUUGCCAAUACUUUGAUGUAUGAUUUAGACUGA